GGAUCAGCCGAGAGCCAAUCGGUCACUGGCUCGGCGUCGAGGAGGAGGAGGGUGGAGGCUGUUCAAAUCGUGUGGCCGGACCUUGACUGGAGGCCGUCUUUGCUCAGGCACCCAGCCAGAGAGUCACAACACUGUGAACUGUAGAGGGAAAGAAAAAACGUGAUAGCGGGAUGAUGAGAGGAAGCGAGUAGAGCCGAGAAAAAAGAAGGAGACCUUUUUCUGCACAUACUCAGAGCAUGGUGGCAUAAGAGCCCCAUGGAUUUAGUCGACCUCUACCUCCAUGAAUGCUUCACCUACCACCCAGACACAGACUCCAAGCUCAUCAGCCUGACUGAAGGCCCUUAGGCCUGACUGGAAGUACCGCUGAUCCUCCUUGAUCGUCUCCUGCUGCCUCAUUAGGAAUAACUCGUCCUCAGAGAUCCUGGUAGAAUGUCCGUAAGGGGCCUGGACCCCACCUGUACCUCCUCCAUAAAGCGGGAGCCCUCCAGCCCCAGCUCCCAGGGAGACGCCAGCCCGGCUCAGCCCAGUCCCGGUAGCUCUUCGUCGGACACCAACUCCAGCUACGGGCCCCUUAUUAAGGGCCACGUCCACACCAAUGAACUGGACUCACCGGGUCCUUACGGGCGUACGACGGGGUCGUCUGACAAUGGAGGACCUAACAGGAGGUUCGUGGAGGAGGAGGCCCAAGUGAAAUGUGAAUUCCUCCUGGGCUCCGUGGCCAAGCGUCUGUGUCUGGUGUGCGGCGACGUGGCGUCGGGCUACCACUACGGCGUGGCUUCGUGCGAAGCCUGCAAGGCUUUCUUCAAGAGAACCAUUCAGGGUAACAUUGAGUACAGCUGCCCGGCAUCCAACGAAUGUGAGAUCACUAAGCGGAGGAGGAAGUCGUGCCAGGCGUGUCGCUUCGUCAAGUGUCUGGCCGUGGGCAUGCUCAGGGAAGGUGUUCGUUUGGAUCGUGUUCGAGGUGGCCGCCAAAAGUACAAGCGGAGAAUCGACAGUGAGAACAGUCCGUAUCUUCACCUGCAGCACGUUCUUCCACAGAAGAAAAGCUUCAGCACAGUUGGAGACAACAAAGUGGUGGCCCUGCUCCUGCUGGCUGAGCCAGACGCCAUCUUCGCCAUGCCGGAUCCAACAGUGCCGGAGAGCGACAUCAAGGCUCUGACCACUCUGUGCGACUUGGCCGACAGAGAACUGGUGGUCAACAUCGGCUGGGCCAAACACAUCCCAGGCUUUCCAUCGUUGUCGCUGGCAGACCAGAUGAGUCUUCUGCAGAGCGGCUGGAUGGAGAUUCUGAUCCUGCGGGUGGUUUUCCGCUCGCUGGCGCUGGAGGACAAGUUGGUCUAUGCCGAGGACUACGUGAUGGACGAGGAGCAGUCCAAGAUGGCUGGACUACUGGACCUCAACAAUGCCAUCCUGCAGCUGGUCAAGAAGUGCAAAGCCGUCGGGCUGGACAAGGAGGAGUUUGUGCUGCUUAAGGCCAUCGCGCUCGCUAACUCGGACUCUGUGCACAUUGAGGACUCGGACGCGGUCCAGAGACUCCAGGACGUCCUCCAUGGGGCCCUGCAGGAGUAUGAGGCCGCCCGGCACCCGCAGGACCCUCAACGGCCGGGCAAGCUGAUCAUGAGCCUCCCUCUCCUGCGCCAGACGGCCGCUCGCGCCGUGCAGCACUUCUGCGGCGUCAAACAAGAGGGCCGCGUGCCCAUGCACAAACUUUUCCUGGAGCUGCUGGAAGCCAAAGUCUGAGGGAAGUCUCGGCUUUGACUUCAUUGGUUUUUAUGUUUGAUGCAACAGGAAGUUGGUGAGGCUGCAGCCAUGUUUGCAGUGAGUCGCCUUCUAGUGGACAGUGACAGAAAAACAGCCUUCCAGGGAUACAUGCCAAACAAACAAAGAAGCAUCUUUUCCGAUACUUGAAGACCCUUGUGGACCAUCUUGUCCUUCUGGAAGCCUCCUCAGAUGCAUUCUGUACUUGUUCCUUACGGAGUAAAGCUAAAGUGUCUCCUCUUUCUUUCAGGAAACCAGCAAACGUAAUCAGCAAGGACAUUUUCAGGGAAAGAAACAUGAUAUUUAUUUAAAAAAUGUGUAUCUACUUAUGAAGGCUGGAAUCAAAUUUUUCAUGUGAUUUUCUUUUUAAAAUAUAUAAACUUAUCAGCACUAAUAGUGUCUCAUCUAAAUGAACUUAAAGAUCCAAACAAACAUUCAAUCGAUAAUUAAUUAUAUCAUAAUGUUUAUGCCUUUAGUAGGCUUUCAUACAAAAAGCACAAUGCUGGAAUUAGUUUAAAAAAAAAAUUGCUUUAAAAAAUAAAGAAAAAAUUGCUUGAAAAAUAAAAAUAUAUAAAUUAUUUGGUUAUAUAAUUAACCAUAAAGUUGGAUUAUUUAUUUGGCAAAUUAUACAAACACAAUUUUUUUAAUGAUAAAAAGAACAAAUUACUUACACAAAAUAAAUGAAAGAAAUACAUACCUUAACGGUUUAAAAAAAAACAACUAAAUAUUAUCGAUACUAUAUACAUACCAAUAAAAAUAAAAGGUGAUACUGUAACAGAAAAUAAGAAAAAAAGAAAAAAACUUUAGGAUAAAAUAUCUAGAAGAAAUAGCCCAAACAAAACAAUACCGGUAAUUGCUUUAAAUUUCUGUAUUUCGAUGCAUUUGUCCGCCAUGUUUAUGAACAGAGGGACAUCUGUUUGCUGUUUGCUUGCAAACAAUGCAAAUGCAAUAUAGCGCUUACAUUUUUGUACAAUAUCCUACUAAAUUUCGAGCGGGAAAACGUGGACCUCCGUGUGUGAACUACUUGUCUUCGUAGCCGCAAUGAAAAGUGGUGUCAAACGUUUGGUUGUUUUUUGCUCGUGUGUCCGCUCUUAGUGUGCUUUGUGUGCAGAACCACGGGAGGAAGGACUCAUAAUGUGCUCAUAUAUAAUUAGAUGCAAAAUAAUGCUCAAGAUUUUGAUGCUAUGCACUGAAUUUUUACGCCAUGUCUGAAGUGUUUGUUUCUCAGGUGCAGAUUUGGGCAGCAAUAAAGAAGCGUCU